AUGGCCAAAGUCUCAACUUCAGCACUCUCUCUUCUCCUAUUUGCCAGAAUCUCAGCUCUCACAGUCGCAGUACUUGUCCUCAUUUGGGCUCUACACUUCAAAACUAGCUUCCUCCCUCACUCUCACUCCCAAGAAGACCUCAUCUACGCUGUGCUUCAUCCUUUAUUUAUGGUGAUUGGGUUCAUUCUCAUAAGCGGAGAAGCGAUUUUGGUGCACAGUUGGUUGCCUGGUUCGAGAAAUUUUAAGAAAUCAGUGCACUUGUGUCUUCAAGGUGUGGCUUUGGCAUCUGGGGUUUUUGGGAUAUGGACAAAGUUUCAUGGAGAAGAUGGGAUUGUGGCUAAUUUCUUCAGCUUGCACUCAUGGAUGGGUCUGAUCUGUAUCUCCUUGUUUGGAGCUCAG